CAGACCGGAAGCGUGCGACUACAACGCGUCAGCGUCCGUCUCUCCCGAGUCCUCUACAUUUCUGUCCGUAAUUUCAUUAAACGCUCAUUGUAAAAGGAGAUUAUUUAUUUGAAAACUGCAGAAACCACAAUGUGCCGUUUAAAAUAGCAUUUCAAGCCUAAAUGCAUGAGGAAGAUAACAGCCAGCUGCUGUGACGAUGAGGAGGCUGAACAGAAAAAAAGCCCUGAACUUUGUGAAGGAGAUGGAUGCUUUUCCCAAGGUUCCUGAGAGUUAUGUGGAGACAACAGCCAGUGGAGGAACUGUGUCUGUGUUGGCCUUCACAGCCAUGGCACUCUUGGCCUUCUUUGAGUUCUUUGUAUAUCGAGACACAUGGAUGAAGUACGAGUAUGAAGUGGAUAAAGAUUUUACUAGCAAACUACGAAUUAAUAUUGACAUCACAGUUGCCAUGAGGUGCCAAUUUGUUGGAGCAGAUGUGUUAGAUUUAGCCGAGACGAUGGUGGCAUCUGAUGGCCUUCAGUAUGAACCCGUUAUUUUUGAACUUUCUCCUCAGCAGAGGCUCUGGCACAGGACACUUCUGCUCAUUCAGAACCAUCUGCGUGAGGAACAUUCACUCCAGGAUGUUUUGUUUAGGAACAUCAUGAAAGGUGCCCCCACUGCUCUCCCGCCCAGGGAAGAUGAUCCCACUCAGCCUCUAAACGCCUGUCGGAUACACGGACACCUCUAUGUCAAUAAAGUAGCAGGGAAUUUCCACAUCACUGUUGGCAAGGCCAUCCCACACCCUCGAGGUCAUGCUCAUCUAGCAGCUCUGGUCAGCCAUGAGACAUACAACUUCUCUCACCGGAUAGACCACCUGUCUUUUGGAGAGGAAAUCCCAGGCAUAUUAAAUCCACUGGAUGGCACAGAAAAAGUGUCUGCGGAUCAUAAUCAAAUGUUCCAGUACUUUAUUACCAUUGUGCCCACAAAACUGCAGACGUACAAGGUGUCAGCGGACACACACCAGUAUUCUGUCACUGAGCGGGAGCGAGUGAUAAACCACGCAGCGGGGAGUCAUGGGGUUUCUGGGAUCUUUAUGAAGUAUGACAUCAGCUCGCUGAUGGUGAAGGUGACUGAGCAGCACAUGCCCUUUUGGCAGUUCCUCGUGCGGCUCUGUGGCAUCAUAGGAGGCAUUUUCUCAACAACAGGCAUGCUGCACGGUCUGGUUGGCUUCUGCGUAGAUGUGGUCUGCUGUCGUUUUAAACUGGGGGUUUAUAAACCGAAGAGUAUGAGUGUUUUUGAUGGCCAUGUGAACAGCCUGACACCUCUUCUUUCUGAGAACGCUGAGCACUAGCUGGGCUCUCCUCCUUUACAACAUUUAAAGCUCUUUUCAGUCACAACUGUAAGUUUCAGGAUUCUGUUAAUACACUGUAAAGAUCUGUAAGCACUGACACAAUAACUGUUACACAGGUAUAAAUUCAUAAAUGAGUAGAUUGUACCUCCCCAGAAAAUCUGGUUUGGUGAAUUUAAAUAAGAGGACAGCUUUUUUAAAAAAAGUGCAGUUGUUAUAGAAAAGGGUUCUUGUAAAAAGCUUUUCAGUAAUUAUUAUUACACUCAUGAAGAGAAAUUUAAAUUUUUAAUUGUCUUUGCUUGGAUGAAUACUCCCUUUUAAAAAGUGCAGGUCUAAAUCUAAAUAUCGGACAAUUUAGGUUUAGUUAAAGUGAAUUUAAUACAACCAUAAAAGAUGAAGUAGCAUCAGGAAUCUUUCAGACACGACCCAUCAUGACAGUAUUAGGAUCCAGUUGGAAUCUUUGGUGUGAUUUGUCUCCAACCAGAUCCAAGAUCUCCACCUCAGGAAGAUAUGAUUAUUUAGCAUCCAUGUGCAUUUAAAAAAAAAAAUCAUAUAUUAUUGAUAAAUGACACCCAAGGGUCCAUUAUAAUGCAAUCAUGAUUGUAUUUGGUUGAAGUGUUAAUUCAUUUAAGCAUAUUGAGCAUUCUUUCUGAUGUAAAUCAUUUCACAUUACAUGUAUUUUCUCGUGCCAAAACCUUUUCUAGUUCCAUUAAGGUCCCUAUAAUUGUUAAAACAAGGAAAUUUUUUAAUGUUUUAAAAGUCUGGAGACAAAUUACAGUCCUGUAUCCUGUAGGUGUAUUUUGCUCAAUUUGUGAAUUUUAACAUGAUGCUCUCCAGGUUCUGAUGUUUUAUUUGCCUAUUAUUUAGUGUGUAUCCUGAGAGUCCAAAGAAAAUGUGUUUUGUAUGCACCUGCACACCUGUGAGAUGUUUUUAAGCAUCACCAUGUGUCCAUUCUUGUCUCCUGAGCAGCAAAAUAAAAUCUUGAUUCCAUAUUUGA